AUGUCCAGAUCCGGGGACAGGACCUCCACCUUCGACCCCAGCCACAGCGACAACCUGCUGCACGGCCUCAACCUGCUGUGGAGGAAGCAGCUCUUCUGCGACGUGACCCUGACGGCCCAGGGCCAGCAGUUCCACUGCCACAAAGCCGUCCUGGCCUCCUGCUCCCAGUACUUCCGAUCCCUCUUCUCCAGCGGCGGUGGGAGCGCUGGGCACCCUCACGCCCUGGGGCUGGGACCCGGCGCCCAGGACGGGCUGGGGGGCCCGCCGAAGGAACCGCCGCCGCCGCAGCCUCAGGAGGAGCCCGGUACCCCGUCCUCCUCCCCGGAGGACAAGCUGCUGGCCAGCCCACGGGCCAUCAACAACCUGGUGCUGCAGGGCUGCUCGUCCAUCGGACUGCGGCUGGUGCUGGAGUACCUGUACACGGCCAACGUGACCCUCUCGCUGGACACGGUGGAGGAGGUGCUGUCGGUCAGCAAGAUCCUGCACAUCCCGCAGGUCACCAAGCUGUGCGUCCAGUUCCUCAACGACCAGAUCUCGGUGCAGAACUACAAGCAGGUGUGCAAGAUCGCCGCCCUGCACGGCCUGGAGGAGACCAAGAAGCUGGCCAACAAGUAUCUGGUGGAGGACGUGCUGCUGCUCAACUUCGAGGAGAUGCGCGCCCUGCUCGACUCCCUGCCCCCCCCCGUCGAGUCGGAGCUGGCGCUUUUCCAGAUGUCCGUGCUGUGGCUGGAGCACGACCGAGAGACCCGCAUGCAGUACGCCCCAGACCUCAUGAAGCGCCUCCGCUUCGCCCUCAUCCCGGCCCCGGAGCUGGUGGAGCGGGUCCAGUCGGUGGAUUUCAUGCGCACCGACCCCGUCUGCCAGAAGCUGCUGCUGGACGCCAUGAACUACCACCUGAUGCCCUUCAGGCAGCACUGCCGGCAGAGCCUGGCCAGCAGAAUUCGUUCCAAUAAGAAAAUGCUGUUACUGGUUGGAGGAUUGCCUCCUGGACCUGACCGGCUACCUAGCAAUUUGGUUCAGUAUUAUGAUGAUGAAAAGAAGACAUGGAAAAUACUGACAAUUAUGCCAUAUAACAGUGCUCAUCACUGUGUCGUGGAAGUGGAAAACUUCUUGUUUGUGCUGGGAGGAGAAGACCAAUGGAACCCUAAUGGGAAACACAGUACAAACUUUGUUAGCCGAUAUGAUCCCAGGUUUAACAGCUGGAUACAACUUCCACCCAUGCAAGAGAGGAGAGCCAGUUUCUACGCCUGUCGCCUCGACAAGAACCUGUAUGUCAUCGGUGGAAGAAACGAAACUGGGUACUUGUCCAGCGUGGAGUGCUACAACCUGGAGACAAACGAGUGGCGUUAUGUGUCCUCCUUACCCCAACCUUUGGCAGCCCACGCAGGAGCUGUUCACAAUGGCAAGAUAUAUAUUUCAGGAGGUGUUCACAAUGGAGAGUAUGUCCCCUGGCUGUACUGCUAUGACCCUGUGAUGGAUGUCUGGGCCCGAAAACAGGACAUGAACACAAAGCGAGCAAUCCACACUUUGGCUGUAAUGAAUGACCGACUGUAUGCAAUUGGAGGAAACCAUUUGAAAGGUUUCUCCCAUCUUGACGUAAUGCUUGUGGAAUGCUAUGAUCCAAAAGGCGACCAGUGGAAUAUUCUCCAGACUCCUAUUCUGGAGGGUCGCAGUGGCCCAGGCUGUGCAGUCCUUGAUGACAGUAUUUACCUUGUAGGAGGAUACAGCUGGAGUAUGGGAGCCUACAAAUCUUCUACUAUUUGCUAUAGCCCUGAGAAAGGGACUUGGACAGAACUAGAAGGAGAUGUUGCUGAGCCACUUGCAGGUCCUGCUUGUUCGACUGUCAUACUGCCAGCCUGUGUACCAUACAAUAAAUGAUGGUCAAGGAGUACUGACACGAACACUGAUUACAUUCGGGAAAAUAAUGACAGGUGACGUAACUGUUUUAUUAGAACAGGAUUCCUGUUAAAACAAAGCUAUCAUAAUUGACCCCUUGUUCCAUAUUUAUGCUUUAGGAGCAAACUAAAAGAAAA